UUCAACCCACAUACCUACGGCACAAAUGCCCUACUUAUCGGAAAGACUACACGGAAAAUCAGCUUUUGGAUUUCCUUCAGAUUCACAUUUUCCAGUUGGACUGACGGCUUUUCUUGCCAGACGUCGUCGAAAAGAAGGUCGGCCCCGACGACAGCGAACAACUUUUAGCACCGAACAGACUCUUCGAUUGGAAGUGGAAUUCCAUCGCAACGAAUAUAUUUCCAGGAGUAGAAGAUUUGAAUUAGCAGAGAACUUACGACUGACAGAGACACAAAUUAAGAUUUGGUUUCAAAAUCGACGUGCCAAGGAUAAACGCAUCGAAAAAGCCCACAUCGAUCAGCAAUACAGGAAUUUCGUUGUAGCGAACGGUUUUAUGACCUCGAUCAUGGGACAAAAUGUUUAUCCUCCAAUCAUAUCGAAUCUUCAUCAGCACUUCCAUGCCCAGAAUGGUCUUCCAUCACGAAUGGUUCCUGCAGUACCUCUGUCCUCCUCAACAGCAUCGGCGGUGGUGGUGGCGGCGAAUCACCAUCAAUCACCCCCCUCAUCCGCCCCUAAUCGAAACGAUCUUAAUUACAGUGAAAUAAGUGGCUUCUAUAAACAUAACGCAGUUAACUCAUGUUAGCAAUAAUAUUUUAUUGUUUAAUGUUUACUUUUUAUUAUACCUUAAUACGUAAGAAUAAUUAUUAUUAUAUUUUAUCUAAUUUUAUUUAUCGGAAUCUUUUCUUUUUUUCAAAAUAUAAUAAAAUGCGUGUAUUCAGGCGCAUUAUUAAAAACAAAGUAAAAGUUGGAAGAGAGAGGGUACACCUCUAGCUAGAUUAGAUACUGAGUAUUGAUCCAAUACUCUUUCAAUUUUUGUAUUUUUUUGAAUGAAGUAUUUCUUUUGUACCACAUUAUUAUAAAGAUGUAAAUAAUUUUGAAACUUUUUUUAUAUGAUAAGAAUGAUUGUAUCUAUGCCU